GAAUCUCGUAUCCACAGAGCCGUCGUUCUUCCCCGACAAGUCUCCCCGUCCUCGAGCUGUUCCCACCUCCGGGGACUCCCAGGUUCGCUUCCGCUAAUCUUGCUCGUCGUUUCGUUCCGUUUCUUUCUUGGCGCGCUGCUACUGCAGUUUUUCUGUUGGAUAGUCGAAGGAAUGCCAUGGAUAGCGAUGACCCCGCCUCUCGCAUUCGCGAAAUCGCCGCCCUAAUUGGCCCUCGGUUGUCGAUUCUUUUGAGCCAAAGCUUAUUCUGAACAAGCAGCAGCAGAUGGUCAAGAAAAAGCAAAAACAGCAAGCCACGACACCUGGCAAUGACUAUGAUUCUACCUGCGAGGUGGAUCCCUUCGAAGAUACGGGCUGGGUGAUUGUGAAAAAGCAGAGGAUCACUAUUUUGGUGCCGCCUUUACCUGUUGCAGAAAAAUCUGCAGUAUCAAAGCCAUCCUCGAGCGAGGUGCAGGACAUACCCAGGGAACAUGUGCCAGACAAAUCACCACUUCCAGCUGAGGGGAGUCCUGCAAUGCCGUCCGUCAGUGAAUACGAGAAGGCGACAUCAUUGACACUUGAGAAUGACACAUUUGUGGAAAAAGUUUGUUCUCCACAUCCGUCAGACAAGCCUAGAAUCUCAGGGAUGGAUUCCAGAACACAGUCCAAGAACCCUACCAACGUUGCUGUUCAGAAGUUACAUGAAGUGCUGAAAACAUCAAAUUCCUCAAAAAGUAUCAAACAGGAGAGAAUGUUAAAUAGCCCUUGUUACUUCUCCAGCGGGGUGACGUUCCUUCAUCAACAGCUCAAAGCACGAAAUCUUGAGAAGAAACUUCAGAAGGCCGGUGGACUGAGCAGCUGGCUGAUGUCACUGGGGCUGGGGCAAUUUGUGAGGAUCUUCCGGUGUAGGCGCAUCAAUGAGUUUCAGCUGGCUAACAUGACGAUGAAGAAGCUCAAAGAUAUGGGUGCUGCUGCCGUGGGGCCUCGGAGGAAACUGAUGCAUGCUAUCGACUGUGUUUGCGAUCCUUAUCAUCGAAGACUCGAAGUGCCUCCUAGGAUUUGCUGAGUUUUUAAGCUAUUUGGAAAGAUACAUGAUCCAGAAACUGGAGCCAAGGCCAACUUCUUGCGAAUUAGAAGCAUGUGGACACGAGGACAAGAGAAACAUCCGGCGGCUUUUAAGGGUGUCGCGGUUUGUGAACUUAGGCUGCUGAUGAACUCGGUUGCUUCAUGUAAUUAAUUUUCUCUGUUUCUUUCCCUUUUCUUGGCCUAAUCGAACGCAUUCGACCAAUGCUGCUAGUUCCACCCAA